GAAUUAUUAGCCGACUAACCGAUCAUUUCGGUUUAAUUUUUUGGUUAGCGGACUAACCGGGCACCGACUAUGUCCCCUAAAAAAAGUACGCUCCUAUAGGAUUUGGGGUGGAGAUGGGCAAAGAAAGCCCAAUUGAAAUAUCAAUAUUCCUCUAUCGGGCGGAAAAGUUAAGGGGCCGGGUUUGAUCCGGGGAUGAAUUUGGGCUGGUACACGUGGCAUAUCGACGAGACGCUUUAAAUUGCCCGCGUAGCCGUUGAUGAUAACAACCACAGGAUAAGAAGAGAGCGAAAGAGGAACGAACAGAAGAGCGGAGCGCUUUCUAGCAACAAUGGCGUCCGUAACUUCUCCCUUCACCACCACCAACGCCUCAUUCCUUCUCCGACCAAACUCCCAGACUCACCAGCCUUCUCAACGUUCCUUUCCAGCGCCUAGAGCCUGCCUGAACGAAUCCCAGGACCACCACCGUGUCCAGCUGAACCGGCGGCAGUUCAUUUCACAAUCCGCCGCCGUCGCCGCUGCCAUAGCCCCUCCUCUCACUCUCAUCGAUCAGAGGCCGGCAGUAGCCGCCGAAGAGGCGCUUUCGCAGUGGGAAAGAGUUUACCUCCCUAUCGACCCCGGCGUCGUCCUCCUCGACAUUGCAUUUGUCCCCGAUGACCCACAACACGGGUUUGUAUUGGGAACGAGGCAGACUCUUCUGGAGACGAAAGACGGGGGAGCUACUUGGUUUCCGCGAUCCAUAGCUUCAGCCGAGGAAGAAGACUUCAAUUACAGGUUUAAUUCCAUCAGCUUCAAAGGAAAGGAAGGUUGGAUUGUCGGGAAGCCUGCGAUUUUGUUGUACACGCCUGAUGCCGGCGAAACCUGGAAGAGGAUACCACUGAGUGCUCAGCUCCCUGGAGACAUGGUAUACAUUAAGGCAACUGGAGAUCAAAGCGCGGAGAUGGUCACUGACGAAGGUGCCAUCUAUGUUACAUCAAAUAGGGGAUAUAACUGGAAGGCUGCAGUUCAGGAGACUGUUUCAGCUACGCUGAAUAGAACAGUUUCUAGUGGUAUUAGUGGUGCAAGUUAUUAUACAGGAACCUUCAAUACUGUUAAUCGGUCUCCAGAUGGAAGGUAUGUUGCUGUCUCCAGCCGCGGCAACUUCUAUAUGACAUGGGAGCCUGGUCAGGCAUUCUGGCAGCCACAUAAUAGAGCUGUAGCAAGAAGGAUUCAAAACAUGGGAUGGAGAGCUGAUGGGGGUCUUUGGCUUCUUGUUCGUGGAGGGGGGCUUUAUCUCAGCAAGGGAACUGGGAUAACUGAGGAUUUUGAAGAAAUCCCUGUGCAAAGUCGUGGUUUUGGCAUUCUUGAUGUUGGUUACCGCUCUCAGGAGGAGGCUUGGGCGGCAGGGGGCAGCGGAGUGUUGUUGAGAACCACCAACGGAGGCAAGUCAUGGAUUCGAGACAAGGCAGCAGAUAAUAUUGCUGCAAAUCUCUACUCAGUGAAGUUCAUGGAGGGAAAUCAAGGGUUCGUUCUAGGAAAUGAUGGAGUUUUGCUACGGUAUCUCGGUUAAUGUGCUCCACGUAUUGAGGUAGUUCGUAGCAUUUUUUAUACUUUCUGCUCCAUAAGAAGAGUUGUGAUUGUUACCCAGCAGUAGCUCAAUUAUGACAUGUUUGUAGGUUCAAAUGAGCGACGAUGCAGUUUAGGGUGCUCUCAGACACUUUCAAUACACUCUGUUCUGCAGAAACAGGGAAAGCUGUGUGUGUGAUAAAAAGAGAGGAAUUUG